AUGAUGAUUAUGAUGGUGAUGAUGAUGAUGGUGAUGAUGAUGGUGAUGAUGAUGAUGAUGAUGAAGAUGAUGAUGAUGAUGAUGAUGAUGGUGGUGGUGAAGAUGAUGGUGAUGAUGAUGAUGAUGAUGAUGAUGACUGGAUAUUCAGAUGUGACAUUUAGUUCCAUUCUGCAGAAACUCAAGCGUGUGAACAUGAGUUUAGCUUUUAACAUAUAUACAGAAGUUAGUAACGUGUGUGUGUGUGUGUGAUUGUGCGUGUCUCUCUUUGUGUGUGUGUGUGUGUAUGUGUGAUUGUGUGUGUCUCUUUGUGUGUGUCCAGGACUCAGAGAAGUACGUGGAGCAGUUGUUGACGUUGUUUAACCGCUUCAGUAAGCUGGUAAAGGAGGCCUUCCAGGACGACCCUCGCUUCCUCACAGCCAGAGACAAGGUCGGUUCAUCUGACUUCAUAACGCUGCUCAGCAUCAUCAGAUCAUCUCAGAGUCGACCUUAGAAGUGGUCCGUGUUCUGUGUGUGUGUGUGUGUGUGUGUGUGUGUGUGUGUGUGUGUGUGUCCCACAGGCCUACAAAGCUGUCGUCAAUGACGCCACAAUCUUCAAACUGGAGCUGCACGUCAAACAGAAAGGGUGGGUGGACUUUUCUGUUUGGACUGUUUUCUCUUUUCUUCAAAUGAGUGAUUAUAAUUUGGUCGUGUUUGUGUGUCUGUAACUGUCUCACCAGUGUGGGGAUGAAGAUCCAGCCGGAGUCCAAGUGUCCUGAGCUGCUGGCUAACUACUGUGACAUGCUGCUGAGGAAAACGCCACUGAGCAAAAAACUCACCUCCGAGGAAAUCGAGCUCAAACUCAAAGAAGUGGUGAGGACAGACCGAGUUUUGCGGCGCGCGCCAGGCAGUUUUUGGGGUUACCGUGUCUGGUGGAGAUAUGAGCGAAUUAUGAGAGUCUUUGGAAUUAAAUUACUAAUCAAAAUAAGUCAAAGUGAAGCUGCACACUUUCCUGUUUUAACAAUAACUAAUGGUUAUAAAAAAUAAUAGCUAUUAUAUUCCUUAAACUUCUUUAGUCCUCUUAUAUUACUGUUAAAGUCCUCAUAUAUUUAUGAGUCUCUCUGAACAUCCGUGUGUGAAAUACAGCGCUCUUUUCUCUGAGGCUGCCCUGAAUGCAUCACUCCGAGACGCUGAGAGACGAUCAACGUAAAUAUUAGAUCUCAGGUUUUUUUAUUUCACUACAAACUCUGUUUAAAUAAAGUUUACAGCUUCAACCCGAAUCAUCCCAAACUGUCAAAGGAUCGAUCCAGAGUCUGUGAGGCUCAGCAGGAACACACGACGACCUUCAGGAAACUUUGGACUGAUAUAGAGAUCAGAGUCAUGGAUGAAGGAGGACCAUCAGACUACAGGAGGUUCUGGAGGAGGGUCUGAGAUACAGGAGUACUGUAGAGACCCUGGAUGUAACAGAGGUCUCUCCAGUCUCUGUUAAAUCUCUGCUCUCACUUUUUGAAGGCGUCAGUUUUUCACACCACUUUCCUUUUUUCUCCUAAUUUCUUCCUUUUCUUUCUUCUGUUUUUGCAGCUCCUGGUGUUGAAAUACGUCCAGAAUAAAGACGUGUUCAUGCGGUACCACAAAGCUCACCUGACCAGGCGCCUGAUUCUGGACAUUUCUGCAGACAGCGAGAUCGAGGAGAACAUGGUGGAGUGGCUGAGAGUGAGUGCAGCUGUGACACCAGAACCACCGUCCGAGUGUUUGAGCAGCUUCAUAGACUCAUUUAGUUAGACUUGAAAUAAGUUAAUUAGGGUUACUGUUUAUGGACGUGUGACAGAACCAGAGCUGUGGUACCAGGACCGCUUUAGAAAAAACAGCAGAACCAUUCGGAUCAGAAUCAUGAUGCUGUGUGUGUGUGUGUGUGUGUUUCCAGGAGGUAGGAAUGCCUGCAGAUUAUGUGAACAAGCUGGCCAGGAUGUUCCAGGACAUCAAGGUCUCAGAGGACCUGAACCAGGUCUUCAAGGAGAUGCACAAGCACAACAAGCUGGCACUGCCAGGUACUCCACAGACACACAGACUCACACUGCACACCUCAGGAGGUGAAGAGUGUGUUCAAACCCGUGUGUGUGUGUGUGUGUGUGUGUGUGUGUGUGUCCCUGCAGCAGACAGUGUCAACAUUAAGAUCCUGAAUGCUGGAGCCUGGUCCCGGAGCAGUGAGAAGGUUUUCGUCUCUCUUCCCACGGAGCUGGAGGAUCUGAUCCCUGAGGUGGAGGACUUCUACAAGAGGAAUCAUAGCGGACGCAAACUCCACUGGCAUCACCUCAUGUCCAACGGCAUCGUGAGUAAACGCCGACCAACGACCAGGAGAACCUGAGAGACUCAGAGUCCAGUUUUCUGUUUUUGGACCUUCAGAAAAGUGGAAAUCUCAUGUUGGUGUUGAUGGUUUUCUUCUUUAGCUCUUUGACUUUUAAGUGGACCGCUGUCACUGAGUAAAGUAAGAGCAGAGCUGGAUGAAAGAUCCUGUCUCAAACCUCAUCGUUCUUCUCGUGUUUCUCCUGUUUCCUGCUCAGAUCACCUUUAAAAACGAGGUCGGACAGUACGACCUGGAGGUCACGACCUUCCAGCUGGCCGUGUUGUUCGCCUGGAACCAGAGACCCCGUGAGAGAAUCAGCUUUGAGAACCUGAAACUCGCCACGGAGCUGCCGGACGCCGAGUUACGCCGAACACUCUGGGUCAGAUGAAACGUUUUUAAUCCUCUGGAAUAUUUCAGCAGGUUCAAAGACUUUUUUGUGUUUGUGGGUGAAGAAACAGGUCGACUCUUCCUGACAGCUUCUUCUAAAGUCUGUUCGAUGGUUAAAAACUGAAACUUACACACGGGUUCAAACAUAGAUAACCUUUCUUAGAUGUCCCCUCUCUCUCUCUCUCUGUCCUCAUGUACAGUCUCUGGUCGCCUUCCCGAAGCUGAAGAGACAGGUGUUGUCUUAUGACCCUCCGGUGAACUCGCCCAAAGACUUCACCGACAGCACGCUCUUCUACGUCAAUCAGGAGUUCUCGCUCAUGUAAGAAAAGAGAAUUCAUAUUUUUAUAAAAACCAGCAACUGAAGGAAGAAUUCAACGAUCUCCUGCUUAGAAAUAGAAACACGGAUGUUCAGACGUCUCAGAGAAUCCACGUAUCAUUUGUUCAUUUGAUUUUCAAAGUAAAACCAAAAAUGAAGAAAUGAAAGAACUGAUUAUUUUCUAAAUAUUUGUCUCUAAAACGAAAAUGAAAAAACAAAUAACCGCUCAUUUUCAGAUUUCCGUUUUCUACAGCUUAAACAAAAAUGGGGAUAAAUGGAUAAUGACGGUUUUAUCUGAUUUAGACUUUUUCAUCUGUAGAAAGUUUCGUGACCUGGGAGUGAACCUUUGGUGUCCUGGCUGGACCUGAGAAUUAUUCAGAGCUCUUAUGGACCUUUUCUCAGGUUGGCAAAACUCAUGCAGAGGUUUCCACCGUGCUGCAGGAGAGCCAAGGUGCUCUGAAAUGUCCGUCAGAAAGUUCCCAAAACGACCUGAGCAGAAAAGGACCCGUAUCAGACACACAGCUGGGGACUAGUGCUGCAACUAACGAUUAUUUUUUUGUCGACUAGUCGUCCGAUUAAUCACGAUUAAUCACUAUCUUCUUUGUUUAUAAACACCUAUUUCCGGGGUGUCGGUGUUUCAGGUGCUCAUGCAUCGCCGUGGUGCUGCCAUGGUAGGAAAGCUGAGCUUUGAUCGACGUGUUUUUUUUGGUUUGUUCUCCGUAAAAUGUUCCCAAACUUUUUAAGUUUUGGGUCGGAGUUUUGGAGCGUCUUUUUCAGUUUGUUCUGCCAUCAUGUGUGCACUCUUCUUCUGUGUUUGCUCGCGGGAUGUAAACAGCGAGCGCUACCGCCCCCAGCACAUCCUGUAGUGCACUGCAGUUAUAGAUGAGCAUGAGGCGCCGGCAUGUGAUUCUUAACAACAAUAACACGACGCGUCGAUGCUUCGUUUUCCUGUCGAUGAAUUUGUCGUGUAGACGUAAUCGAUUACGUCGACUAAUCGUUGCAGCCCUACUGCGGACUAAGGCUGCACGAUAUUGGAAAAAAAUAAUAUUGCGAUUUUUUCAACCCUGCGAUAUAUAUUGCGAUAUUAAAAAUACAGUAUUUUCACCAGAUGACCUGAAUAUCACUUAAUGUUAUGCUGCACUGCUGAAAUCUUGAGGACAGUUAAUCUGCUCUGAUCUUACCUCUUUUUGUGAAUGUUAGUAGAACGGCUUCUGUCUGUCUCAGAGAUAUUUUUAGCUUUUAUUGUGCUGGGACGUUAUUGUGGAAACAGAUGAACACAGAACACGUGUUUUGGUCGACAUCAUCCUUCUUUUAACCGAAAUAAUUCCAGAUAACUGACUUUCCUUUUCUUUUUGGCAACAAAUCUUCAUUUUCGGUGGUUUUCGCUUGUUCGUUGUUCAUUUUGCGAUCGUUGUUGUUGUUGUUAGCGGUGUUGUGCCGAGAAACGCAUGUCCUCCGAGAAUUGCAUUCACCUCGCAAAACGCGCACUGCUUAUAGUAGAGUGGUCCACAGAAAUGUACAAUUUAAAACCCAUACAGUUCUUAUUUGUUGGGCUUAAUAGUCAUGAGUAAAGUUCCGAAAGUAAUUCUCAGCGGACACACGUCUCCCUCCAUGUGCAGAACAUGUGCAGGGGUGGGUUUUCUCCUCCCUGAUUUUGAUUGACAGCUGGCAGGGUAGUCUGAUUGGCAACUGAAAAGUGAGUCUGAUUGGCAACUGAGUUAAGGACGAAGGCGAUUGGUGGAUCGCUGCACAGCACAUGCAGAGUCACAUGGAGUGUAUCUCAGUCAGUUACCCUUGAAAUUAAAUGAGUUCAUUCGCCUCCAAUAUCGCAGGCUCUGCGAUGUGACUAUCGCACACACGUACAUCGCGAUGACGAUAGUCAAACGAUAUAUCGUUCAGGCCUACUGGGGACCACCCCCACAAAACCUUCUACAGAUGAAAAAGUCUAAAUCAGAUAAAACCGUCAUUAUCCAUUUAUCCCAUUUUCAUUUGAGCUGUAGAAAACGGAAAUCUGAAAAUGAAUGUUUGUUUUUUCAUUUUUGUUUUAGAGACAAAUACUAGAAGAGAAAAAUUCGUUUUCUAAUUUUUUCAUUUUUGGUUUUAUCUUGAAAAUCGAAUGAACGAAUGAAACACAGAUUCCAGAGAUCGAAUGUUUCCUAUAGUUGUGUAUUUCGCACAGAUGUGACUGUAAUAAAAAACUCCUGAAAUUCGAUUGUUUGAACAUAUAAAGUUCUUUUCAGACCAGAAAACCAGAUCAGCCGCCUCAGGUCUACUUCAGUUAUUGAUCAGUCUGUGUGUCGGCGUCUGUCCUUCUUUCAGAAAAAACUCCAAAGUCCAGAAGCGAGGAAAGAUCAAUCUGAUUGGUCGGCUGCAACUAACCACGGAGCGAAUGAGAGAGGAGGAAAACGAAGGGAUCGUCCAGCUCCGAAUACUCCGAACUCAGGUGCAGAAACGUGGAAAUGAAUAUUUGAAGAUGAUAAAGCGGAGCGUUAAAUUCAGAUCAACGUGAAAUAUUUAGUCCUCGGUCUCUGACGAGGAGUUACCGUGGAGUUUUAACGUCCGUGUGUUUUUGUUCAGGAGGCCAUCAUUCAAAUCAUGAAGAUGAGGAAGAGGAUCAGUAACGCUCAGCUGCAGACGGAGCUGGUGGAGAUCCUGAAGAACAUGUUCCUGCCUCAGAAGAAGAUGAUCAAGGAGCAGAUCGAGUGGCUCAUCGAGCACAAGUACAUCAAGAGAGACGAGGCGGACAUCAACACCUUCAUCUACAUGGCCUAGGCUGGUUCUCCGAGCGAUGGAGCGCUUUCCUGCUCUGUGUUUAGUCCUGGCUGCCAACCAGUGCUUUCAAAACCUGCGAGGAGACGGAGACCGUGACGAAGAGGAUGAAGAGGACGAUGAGAAGGAGGGAGCGUUCAUCGAGUGAGGAGGAGGAGGAGGAGGAGGAGGAGGAGGAGUCUCUCUGCAGAAGCUUGGACGGUGUUUUGUGUUUGUUAGACACCGGCGUGUUUUCAGAGGCCGAGGUUUGAGUCAUCGAACUGCCCGAGACUGCAGCGCUCGCCAUUUUCCUGCAGCUCAGCAGAAAAACUGAGAAAUGACUUUAUUGAAUGAAAUACUUCCUGCCUUACUUUCAUCAGCAACAGACUGGAGAGGAGGAGGAGAAGAAGGAUGAGAGGGAGUCACAUGUCAGGAGCUGAUCUCAAUCCUUCGCCUUCACUUUACGCUCUCAGCCGCUCUGCGUCCCUCCGUCUGUAACCACAUCUGUCCUUUUGAACCCGGAGGUGAGGACGCCAACGCAGAGACGUGGACACAGACGGAGAGAUGAGCUGAAACUACCGAGGAGUAUUUUGCCAAAUUGUGUGUUUGUACAUGUGUGUGUGUGUGUGUGUGUGUGUGUGUGUGUGUGUGUGUGUGUGUGUGUGUGUGUGUGCACUUUCAACAGCAUGCUGCUUCAUGAUUUAUGUCUGAGUUCGUGUUUUUUGGAGGAUCUGUCAGACCUCACGGUCCGGUGAUCAUAUUUAACGUCACGUUCUUCUGAGUGUCACAGGUUCAGUGUGUCAGCAGGUGAACGGUCGUGUGUGGGACAGUAGAUUUGGAGUUUGAAGAACGUUUUCAGAUGAAACACUGUUAGAGAAGUGACCGACAGGAAGUCAGAGAAUAGAAACAACAAACUCUUAAAAAACGUCUCUCCUCACUGAGUCCAUCAUCAGAGAUCUUUGCACAAAAUCAGCACCAGAGAAACCCUCUCAAACUGAUCAAGCUGCUUCCUGUCGGACUCUCAUGGAGGAUCUCAUCUUCUUCAUCUUCUUCAUCUUCUUCAUCUUCUUCAUCUUCUUCACCUCCUCUAAGUUCAUUGGCUGCCCCCCCCACCCAACCGCCUAAACUCACAAAUCAGCUGCUCUCUGUCACUGAAACAUCUCCGUCUGUCUGAAAGUGAUCGUGUUAAAGUAAAGCAGCUGUGAUGAAGCUUCAUGGUGAUGAUGAUGAAGAUGGUGGUGAUUAAGGUAAUGGUGAUGAUGAUCAUGAUCAUGAUAAUGGUGAUGAUGAUGAUGGUAAAGAUGAGAAUAAUGAUGAUGAAGAUGAUAAAAAUGAUGAUGAUGAUGAUGAUCAUCAUCAUGAUCACGAUGAUGAUGAUAAAGAUGAAAAUGAUCAUGAAGAUGUUGAUGAAGAUGAUAAUUAUGAUGAUGUUGAUAAUGGUGAUGAUGAUGAUGAUGAUAAGGAUGACGGUGAUGAAGAUGAUGGUGAUAAUUAUGAUGAUGAUGAUGAUGAUGAUGGUGAUGAAGAUGAUGAAGAUGAAGAUGGUGAUAAAAACGAUGUUGGUGAUGAUGAUGAUGAUGAUGAUGAUGAUGAUGAUGAUGAUGAUAAGGAUGACGGUGAUGAAGAUGAUGGUGAUAAUUAUGAUGAUGAUGAUGAUGAUGAUGAUGGUGAUGAAGAUGAUGAAGAUGAAGAUGGUGAUAAAAACGAUGUUGGUGAUGAUGAUGAUGAUGAUGAUGAUAAGGAUGAUCGUGAUGAAGAUGGUGAUGAUGAUGGUGAUGAUGGUGAUGGUAACCAUGAUAAAGAUGAAAAUGAUCAUGAAGAUGUUGAUGAAGAUGAUAAUUAUGAUGAUGUUGAUAAUGGUGAAAAUGAUGGCGAUGAAGAUGAUGAUGGUGAUGAUGGUGAUGAUGAAGAUGAAGAUGAUGAUGGUGAUGAUGUUGAUGAAGAUGAUAAUUAUGAUGAUGUUGAUAAUGAUGAAGAUGAUGAUGAUACGUCCAGGUUUCUUGUUCCUCUCUGAGUUUCCCUCUUUGGUUUCCUGUUUUCGUUUCCGUUAUUUCGUCAUUUUCAUUUAUUUAUUUCAGAGUUUUUCAGAGUCCUUUACCGAGGAAUCAGAGGUCAGUGGAGGUCAGUGGAGGUCAGUGGAGGUCAAUAUCAGGUAAACUUUUAGGGUGAAGCUGAUGACAUCCUGCAGUAGACCUCUGUGUUACUGAGUCAGCUCUGUGUUUUUGCUCAAAGACAGGAGAGCAGGUUUCAAAGGUAGGACAGUUACAGUGACUCGGGUUAACGUGGAUCAUUAACCGUGUUUGUAUGUUGGAUGGCGGACAUUGUUGUUUAGACAGAGUGAGAGUAAAUUGAGGAGAGAAGGAUCAGUGUGUGUGUUAAAGACGUUCAAACAAAGAGAACAACAGGAAGUCAGGAGGAAAGUCGAUUGUUUGCCCCCCGUAGAUUUCUGAAAGACUGAUAUUUUCUGGGAUCGUAAAAUAACCUGUUAAUCUGAGAGUCGUUAAAAACAGCUGGAUGUGGGGUGAGUUUUCGGUCUCAUUGUGAGAGUUGUUGAGUGAAAGAUGAAUUCUUAUUGGGACGGAGAAAUCUCCUGAGAUCGGAGCUGGAUGAACAAAAAUCCAAAUUUGGUUUUUGUGUUUCUCCCGAAUUUCCCCUCGUCUAUUUCUUUAGAGAUCUAAAAACUGAGGAACUGAUCCUGAAUACCAAUCGAUCAAUCUUCAUUUAUAAAUCUCCAGUUCACAACAACAACAAAAAAUACUCUGAAUGAGAAAAAUCACAGUUUGAUCGUUUAUGACGAGACGAUCAAAACUGAACCAAACAAAGUCCUCCUGUGGUUUUUAAGUUUCAUCGAGUUUAACUGAAAAUCAAAGAGUCGUGUGUGUGUGUGUGUGUGUGUGUGUGUGUGUGUGUGUCAAAAACACUGUAAAAACCAGGUGACAGGUCAUGUGAUCACUGCUCUAAUCUAAUCUAAGCUGGUGACAGUCGUUGAUCGGAGGAUUACGAUCGUCUCUGAUUUCAGACGUUGGAGUUAAACUGAUGAGAUCCUGUGAUCAGAGAGGAGGAGGACAGACGACCAUGAAUGUUUUUUUGUUUGUUUCAUAUUUAUUCUUUAUUUAUAAAGACGGUGACUUUCUCCGUCCGUUCAGAUAUUUCUGUUUCCUGUUCUGGUGAUCUCAUGUUUUCUGAGCUGAUCCUGCACGUCUCUCCUCUGCUGUACUUGAAGAAAAACUGUUGAUUCAUUUCAUACCUGCAGUUAGUGGAUUAAAAACUUUCUUUAAACCCUUCCUGAAAGUAGGAGACUGGGACUGGCAAUAAUAAGAUUUAUAUUUGACUCACUUUAUGAAAACUAAGAGGAAACAGAUUUAUUGUCCAGUCUGACUGAACGACACGUUUUUGACAGACUCUCCUCAUUGAUCCUGUUCUUCAGUUUUUCUGGUUCUUUGUGCACAGAGACGCUCAGACGACGAUGAACUGAACUCUGAGAUGUCUUCAGAUACAUUAGUAAAGCUCAGUAAAGGGAUCCCAAGUGAUCUGGGACCGUCUGGAUGUGGAUCUUAUUUUCUUUGUUUGUCCCACCUUUACAGAAAAUCUGUUACAUGAACCAGUCAAGAAUUUCUGCCUCUGGUUCUUGUUUAGAUUGAAGAGAAAAUUUGCCUUUAAAUGGUUUAAGAUUCUUCUUGGACUGUAUGAACUCAACUAAAACUGAAUAAUAGUACAGAGACGUGAGGAUCCAUCCGACGCUGCAGUCACACGUCGACCUGUUCAGGAUCUGCUUCAUCACUUUCUGGAGUUUAAACAAUCACAGAAACUGUAUUCAGACCUCCUCAGAGCCACCGCUGGUUUUUUAAAUAGAUCAUAAAAAACAGGUCCUUGAUAAAAAUCAGGUCACAUGGAGUUUAAGUUUGUAAGUCUGCAGUCAUGAUGUCAAAUAAUCAACUUUAAGAAAACAGAAAUAUUUCAGUUUACUCCUUUUUUCUUAAACUUCAGGUUCACAAACGCAGAUCUUUAAAAAAGGUAGAGUUAAUAUUGAGUGAGACUCUUUUCAGUGACGUUAAUAUAAAUGUGAACUCUGAGUUAAUGAUAGUUAAUGAUAACUUUAAUAUGUUUCCUGGAGGAUCAAUCAUCAGCACUCUGAUCGCCUCACGUUUGCAUUUGUUGGCUUUAAAAGAACCAAAAUCCUGUUUUUCCCGACGAUCUGAAAACUGAAGUCAUUCCUCCUCAUCGUCCUCUGGACUGACAGUGAACUGGUCCGGACCUUUUAAUGAUGAAGGUGAACUGGUCUUACAGACUGGUUUAAGCUUCGUUCAGAUAAACUGACAAACUCCUGUAAGAGUUUAUUUUUCAAGAUCCCAUCAGGAGACAACUCAAAAUCUUUCUGUUCUUUUUUAAAUUCAUUUUCACAAACUCUAAAUCUGUGUAACUCUAUCAGAGUCCAUCCUUUUCCAUCAGAUUUCACCGUGGCCUCAAAAUGUUUUUUAUCCUUUAACUUCUAAAAAUCUGUGACUUGUCUGUGAACUUGUCUUACGUCUCACCGUCAGCUGUAAGUUUAUUAGACUCACCUGUUCGUGCUCUUUAAAACGUUCUGUCUCUGAUCAGGAUUUAAAACGUGUCCGUUAAUCUCAGUAUCACCACCAAGCUCACAGAUAAACGAGUCAUACUCUAGAGGGAUACGUUUUAUGUUUCUGUAUUUUCAUGAAUUAUGCACAAGAGGGAAAAUACUUUAAAAAACCUCAGUAUUAUGCAGUCCAGUGAAAAUCUAUCAAUAAUAAUGAACUCAGUGCUACAGCAUUAGACUUUACGGACACGUCUCAGAGCAUACAAACAGAGAAAUAAAGACACAGUGACCGUGUGAACAUGGUGGUGUGAUCCACCAGACCCCACAGUUCAGAGUGGAUUUUUCAGAUUAUCAGACAACUUUAUCAUUUUUAUUGAUUUAUCUCUGCGCAGCGAGUUUUCAUGUCUUCUGUCAAUCAGUUCAAUGUUUGUGUGAGUCUGAGCCAACGUUCGACUUCUCAAAGAAAACUGAAAAUGUUUUUAGUCAUCUCUGGUUCAGUACAGACAGCACACCGAGGCCUCUCUCCUUUACCUGCUAACUUUUCAAACGUAAAAUUGUACAUUAUUGUUCUAAAUCAUUGUUAAAGAAGUGCUGAAUGUGUUCGACUCUCUUCAUCCAUGAUCAGUAGGAGUUUGUUAAACUCUCUGUCCUGCUGAAAGAUGGUUUGGUUCAGAAAGUGACCAUGUUUUUCCUGCUGUGGUACGAGAGCUGUGUUUAUUCUGUUUUUCUCAUUCUGAACUUGAUCACCUGCUCACUGGCCAACACAGGGGGGCCGACCCACCUGUAGCCUUGUAAAAGACAAGACUUGAAGUCAACACAAUCAGUGACAGCCUACACUAACUGAAUGUUGCAAAAACUUUGUGUUGGAGUGGAAGGAGAGUGGUUCGACCACUUUCACAUGCUGCAUUGUUUUCUUUGUUUCAAAUGGUUUCAAUAUUUAUUUCCUGGCAAAAUAAAGAAAACUGAUACGACA